AUGGCGGCGCCGGCGUCACGGAUCCCCUUCAAAAGCGCGUGCGCGCGGGCGGAGCUCUCGCGAGAGGCGCGGGUCGCCGUGGUUACGGGACGCGCGGCGCCCGAGAACGCACGUAGGCCGCGUGUUCGCGUCCCGCUGCCGCCGCGCCCGACCCGGUUCGACUCGAUCCGGCCCGACCCGACCCCGCCGCCUCGAGCCAUGGCAGCGGCUGGCCGGAGAGGGUCCUUGGCCACGCCRUCGGCGACGCCUCUGCCCGUGGAGCGGGAGCCCGUGCCCGGCCGGACGGUGCAGGUGGCCGUGUGGAUGGCGCAGGGCCUGAAGGGCAGCCGGAGCGAGACGCCGCUCACGGUGCUGAGCRCCGAGUUCAACGGCGCGCUCCUCGGCGAGUCCGCCAAGGUGGAGGUGUCGCCGGGCGGCACCGCCGAGUACAACUUCACAGCCGGCUUUGAGUACUGCCCCGAGGGGCCCAACUCCGUGGACAGCAUCGCCCAGAGCCCUGUGUUCCUGACAGUGAUGGAAGUGUUGCCAAAGGAGAAGAGGCAGAGGGAGGAGAGGACAGUGCCUCUUGGCCAAGCUGUGGUGGACCUUCUACCUCUGCUGCAAGGACAGUGUUCAUUUAAGGUCUGGGCUCCUUUGUAUGCGGUGCCUACCUCUCCAUUAGAGAGYGUUCCCCCGGAGGCCAAGUGUGGCCUUGAAGUGUCUGUGUGCAUCCAAGAGCCCCUGCUUUCUGCAGCUCAGCUCCUAAAUGGUAAUCUCCUGAGUGUCACCUUGGAGGCAGCUUAUUCCGUCCCCGAAGCGUUUGUUCCCACUGGACCCCUGCAAAACUACCUGGCUUGUCUGCAAGUGCCAGCAGUUGGAGAGAAAGAAAUCCUCCUGAUCUUCAAGAACGGAGUCCCGAAGCUCGGUGGUGAAAAAGAGCCAUUGCCUCGGCCCAAAAAAUGGCCACUUGGUAACACCUUGGCCCCCGGUGCUCUGGACAUACCCAACUCCUUCAUUGUCGGUGGCCCUUAUGAGGAUGAGGAUGGAGAACUCAACAAAAGAGAGGACAUAGAGUUCAGGGUCCAGGCAGAAAGCGUGAAGAAGAGAAUCGUGUGGGACAUGGAAAGACGUUGCUACUUGGAUCCUGCUGCAGUCCUUGUCCUGCAGAAGCGCAUCGCCGAGUGUCGCUACUGGCCCGUGGAGGUCUGCAGGGUCCCUUUGGUCCCUUCCAGUAAAGGGAAGAACAGCAAAGUUGACAAGGGAGAUGACGACGGACAGGUUUUCUUCCAUGGGGUGGCAUAUAUCAACAUGGUGCCUUUGCUCUACCCCGGCGUGAAGCGGAUACGAGGGGCUUUUCGUGUCUUUGCCUAUAAAGACAGCGAGGUGUUUGAGAAGACUAAAAAUCAGGUCAGUGUUUUCCGGGAUCUGAAGCCUCAGAUCAGUCUGAUCAAGGAAGGGCAAUGGACCCCAGGACUCAGUCCUCCUCUUUCCAGAACUGUUUCCAGUAAGAUACAGAGGGAGGAUAAAGAAAAAAUGUCCACCGUAGUAAAAACCCUGUCAUCAGAUGUUCCAGCAGAAGCUGAAAAUGUCAUAUAUCUCAACCACAAUGGACAGCAAUAUUUUGAAGCAGGAACAUUCCUGGUGAUGGAGAUAAAGCUGGAGAAGGCCUUGAUACCAAAACGAUUGCCAGAGGAGCUUGCCAUACAGGUCAAGGAGAUGAUYCCUCCUCGCCCUCUGCUGCCUCGCCGGACUGCAGGAGCUGAGCAGGCUGUAGAAGAUUAUCACAACCAGAUCGCGAGCAUCGCUGUUGCCAUCCUGCAUGAAUACCACGAGCUCUUCGGGAAGCAGCUGUCUGACCAAGGAGCCAUAAAUCAGCAAACCCUGGAGGAACAGAAGUGUCAGCUCAACUUUGAGCUCAAUAGCUCAGGAAAAUAUUUUGCCUAUAAGGAACAGCUAAAGUAUGCAGUGGUGAAGAUCGUGAGGGAGAAGUACCUGAAAACAACAGCGUUUGAGUCUAUGGAGCAGUUCCAGGCGUUUCUCAGUGAACUCUAUGUGUAUCUYGUGGAUCAGAUGCAUGUCGCCUUGAACCAGGUGCUCUCCGAGGAAGCUGCUGACCCUGUCCCUCCAUCCUGUGCGACCGACGAGCAGCUCCGGCUCUUUGCUCGCGAAGCUGAAGUCGGCAGGGACUACCAGCUGGCAUCUCUCUACCAUCAGCAGAGAAUAGCUCAGGACCAGCACAACAUCCAGUGCUGGCUGGACUACGGCGCGUUCUGCCUUCUGCUCGAGGACACAAUCAAAGCCCAGGAAUGUUUCCGGGAGGCUCUUCGCCUGGACCCACAUCACGUGCAGAGCUUGUUGCUCUGUGGGAUUGUAGCAGUCAUGCUGCAGCAUUAUGAAGAGGCAGAGAUCUUCUUUGAGGAUGCCACCAGCUUGCAACCACUCAGUGUUGUAGUUUGGACUCUUUCAGGUCUGUUCUAUGAGCUGCAAAAUAACAACAUUAGGGCAGAAAUGGCUUUCCGAGAGGCUAACAAGCUAAUGCAGGCGCAGCUCGCCAUGGAGAGGAGCAUGCCUGGGGCUGCUGAGGGAGAAGGAAGGAAAAAACGACUCUCUGUUGAGUGUGGGAGGCCUCUCAAUCCAUAUCCAGAAGAGUCCUUGCCAGAGGAGGCUGAGGACAGUGGGGCCAGCAGGCAGCCAGAGGCGAGGGAGCCUGCGCAGCCCGAGGAGGAUGCGACUGCUCAGCAGAACAGGAGGCCUAAGAACAAGGAGGCAGCCCCAACAGGGCUCAGCCGACCUCCCUGCUCCAUCUUCAUGAAGGCAGUGGACUUCCUGAUGAAAGUCAAUGCCAUCCAGUUUGUGCACAUGGCGCUUGCCCACGAGCUCCUCAGCCUCCAGGGAGGCCCCAGCUGUGGCUACUACCUGGCGCUGGCCCAGACCUACCUGCUGAAGGAAGACUUCUCCAAAGCUGAAGAAUGUCUCUGCGAGGCCGUUAGACUCGACUACACGAAUCCCAAUGUGUGGGCUCAGAAGGGGCACCUGUGCUUCCUGAAGGGAGACCUUGCAGAGGCAAAGCAGUGCUACGAGCACACCGUCAGCUUUGUGGUGGAUGCUGCGGACAUGCAUUUCGUCUACCUGCGCCUGGGCUCCAUCUACUUGGAGGAGAAGGAGUACGGCAGGGCGAAGCAGACCUACCUGCUGGCCUGCAAGAACUCGGCGUCCUGCCUCACCUGGCUGGGAGUGGGAAUUGCCUGCUAUAGGCUGGAAGAGAUGGCAGAAGCAGAGGAUGCUCUUGCGGAAGCGAACGCCCUGAAUAACAAGAAUGCUGAAGUGUGGGCAUAUCUGGCCCUCGUCUGCCUGCACGGAGGACGGCAGCUGGAGGCAGAGCAGUGCUACAAGUACACYCUGAAGCUCGGCCUGCGCCGCGGCGCCUUGCUGGGGGAGCUGCGCGCCCUGCAGCGCCGCCUCGGCUUCGGCGACCCGCAGCUCUGAGCGGCCCCUG